UUUACAGCUUCGUGUGAAGGCGAUUUUGACUGAAUGCACCUUUAAACUGUCGAAACGAAAACGAUUCCAGAUUGAGUUUACAAGCCUUGGUAAAUCCUCUGAGUAGCAUUAUUUUGAAGGCGAUUAUUUAUUUCGAAAAUUCUUCAAUUGCUGGAUAAUUGGAUUGAGUUUAUAGAUAAUGACAAGUCUAUAGAUGAAUCCUCCGUGCUGUACAUUUUAAAGGCGACAAUUUAUUUUGGAAAGUCUACAAUUGGAGGAUAAUUGGGUAAUAAACGAAAAAAUUCUUUUCGGAAUUGUAGAUCAUCAAUUUUUCUGUUUACAGAAUGUCGUCGAACAAAGGAAAUGAAAAAUAUGAGGAUUUUGAGAAUUACUAUAGUACUGACGAUUACACGCCUAUUUUUCUUGCCGUUCACAAUGGUGAUUUAAAUAGUGUUAGUACUUUGCUAAAUGAAUAUAAUUUAGCAGAAAAUAUACAUGAGAAAAGAAUGUUGCAUGUGGCAGCAGCACGAGGUCAUCUACAAAUUGUCGAUUUGUUGAUAAAAAUUGGAGCUAGAAUUAAUGUCGAGGACGUCAAGGGAAGAACACCUUUUUAUAUAGCUUUACUGCAAAAUAAAGUCGAGGUAGCCGAAUUUCUAUUGGAAAAUGGAGCACGUAUUGAUAUUCCAAGAGAGGGCGGAAGAACAACACUUCAUGUCGCGAUAAAAACGCAGAACAUUCAAAUUGUCGAGAGACUUUUGAAACCGGGUGCUAUGGUCAAUGUACUAGAUGAUGUGUCCAGCAUGAAACCAAUUGAUCUUGCUGCCAGUCUUAAUAAUAUCCAACUUGUGGAACUUCUUCUGAAGUACGGCGCCAAGAUGGAUGAAAGUGAUGAAUUUUGCGAAGGACAAAAAGUUGACCAUAAAAGAAUGACAGCUCUUCAUUUUGCCGCUGAACUUGGCAAUUUAGAAAUGGUCAAAUUAUUAAUGACGAAUGGCUUUGACAAAAUUGAAGUGAAAAAUUUAAAGGAUAAAACACCCCUAUGUGUAGCAAUAGACAAUCAUUGUUUAGGUAUUAUGAAAUAUAUGUUUGAAAGUGGAUCAAAAAUAAAUGAGGAUAUUCCUCUCAUCGACCUCUGUAGAACUGAUGAACAUAUACAUGUCUUAAAAUUUCUGCUUGAACACGGUGUAAAACUUGUUACGGAUCAUACAGAAACUCCAAUUUAUUUCGCAUUAGACAAGCACGAGUUUAAACUUUGGAGGUACCUAUUAACCUGCUAUUCGAAAAUUGAUUCUGUAUUGUGCUCCAAGGAGACUGAACUUCAUUCCGCUGUGCGCGCUAACGACAUUGAAAAGGUACAAGAAAUUCUCAAAAAAAUGAAAGUAAAAUCUUUAUCUGGUGAAUUGGGACAAUUCGCAGUUUACAUCGCCGUUGAAAACGGAAACGAGGAAAUGUUAACGAUUCUCCUAGAAGCAGGCUGUUCGGUUGAAAGUUGUUUUAGGGACAAAUUAUCUCCUCUUCAUAUUGCAGCCACAUUCGAACACACACGUUUAGUCGAAAUUCUUCUGAAGUACGGUGCGAGGAUUAAUUCAGAAACAAGAGCACUCCAUCGCCCAUUGGAUUUUGCAGCAAUUAUGGAAAAUUUAAAUAUGAUUAAAUUUCUCAUAGACUCUGGUGCUAAUCUCAUAAGAAAAGAUGACUACCUUUCAUCACUAGACUACUUAUUAGACGAAUGUAGAGUUUCAGAAACAAUGACACCUUCAAUGUUUCAAAAUCUUUUAAAAAUUACGGAAUUGUUAUUGAUUGCCGGGGAUCUCGUGCAUAAAAAAGAAAGUUCUGUUAGUUGUUUGUUGUCAUUUGCUAAUAUUUUAAAAGUUUCUAUCGAGGAUGAACAAACUUCAAUUAGUGACAAUAAAGAGAUUGUGAAUAGUGAGGAAGAGAAAUGGGAAUAUCGUCCUGAAAUUGUGAGAUGCUUGCUUAAUUAUUUAAAGAAAAAAAUGUUUAAACAAGUUCUAAAUGAUGCAUUAAUGUGUAAUGCGAGUAUUUGUGAAUUUAUUAUCGAAUACUAUGAUUCCAAUUUAAUUCCCAUCGAUUAUGAAUUUAGUAUAAGUAGUGAUUGGAAUAAUUUAUUUAUAGUGAAUGAAACAAUGGACGUUUACACGCUUUUGAAAAUUACAAAAAAUAAUUUAAAUUCUCGUAAAUUAAGAGAAAAUGAUGAUGAACUUUUAAAGUUGAUAAUUGCACGGCUUGAACUGAUAAACCCCGUUAAAAACUCAGUAUUUUGUUCUGACAUAAUUGAAUAUUUUCCAUCAAGUGAAGAUAAAACAAAAAUUCGAAAAUUUCAAAAUGAAUGUCAAGAGCAGAUAUUAGUUAUGCAAAAAACAAAAUUUAGCGAUAAAUUAAAUUUCACUUUUCACGAUAUUCUAGUAAAGUCUACUGAGGAAAUUGCUAGUUGCGUAAGGAAUGUAAAAUUAUUAAAUACCAAUAAAGUAUCGUAUAAUAAAUUUCCAGCGUAUAAAAAAUUUGUAAAGUUGUGUACUGAGAAAGUAAAGCGUAGAAUUGAGUUUAUUGACAUAUCCACGAAUUGUUUGUAUCAUUACAUUCAAAGGAAUUAUAAAAUUAAAAUUUCAACAGCUGAUGUAGAAGAAAUUUUACAAUAUCUUUCAAUGAGCGAUCUUGGAAAGUUGUCAGCAGUUUUUUCUAAAUUUUUAGACUAUAAAAUAAAGUGGUAAAUUUUAAUCAACGAUGGAAAAAAUUUGAAAUUUUAUUAUAAUAGUAUCUCAGUCACAGUUUCUAUGCUUUUUAGUUCAAUUAGACUGAAAUAGUUUUAAAAGAUGCUUCUUGUUAUCAAUUUGUUGCAUCUACUGCAACAAGUUUUGUACUUCCGAUUAUAUUUUUGUAUUGUCUAUUAUAUUUUUGUACUUGCGCUGUUAUAGGUAAGUUAAAGUUAAGCAAGAAUAAAUUAUUUAAUAUUU